GUUACAUUUGAUCAUUAAUAUGCUUAUCCCUAAAAUCAUGCGAUGUGAUGCCGAGUCCGAUGAGGGUGGAAGCAAAAGAAGGAGGAGUCGAACAAAUUUCAAUAGUUGGCAACUGGAAGAACUCGAACGUGCAUUCUUGUCGAGCCAUUAUCCAGACGUUUUUAUGCGUGAAGCGUUGGCUGUUAGACUCGACUUGAAGGAGAGUAGAGUUGCUGUAUGGUUUCAAAACCGGCGCGCCAAGUGGAGGAAAAAGGAGCACACGAAAAAAGGACCUGGCAGGCCGGCGCACAAUGCGCACCCACAGAGUUGUAGUGGUGAACCGAUCCCCCCGGAAGAGUUGAGAAGAAAAGAACGCGAGAGGCGACAAAAGAAAUUACUAAAGACUCUCGAACGUCAGCAGCGAAAACUCGCCGCCAAGGGUAUCACAGUGGACUUAACGACCCUGAGAGCCGAGUGGGAAUCCCGAAGUGCAGCGAACGCCAGCGGAAAUCCUCUAAGCAGUCAUUUGAGCGGUUCAUUCGGUCAUUUGGGCAGUUUAAACGACGGUAGCAGUGUAUCAGGCUCGGGGAAUGACGCUAAUGAAGAGAUCGACGUUGUCGGCGGAUUAGAUUCAUGCAGCGACACCGAGAGCGAGCGGAUGGACUCAGCGGCAGACGGCUCGAUUGAUGGGGAGAGCUAUCCAAGGCUGAGUGACCAGAACGAGCCAUCAGUAAUGAGAAUAACAACGGCAACGACACAUUCGUUAAACGAGCAUCAGCGGUCUAAUGGAGCACUUAAUCUCAAUCUAAAUCUGGACUUGAAUCAUCAGCAGGGAAUCCGUCACUGGGGCUUGAGUCUUCUCGAGCGACGGAGGGAAUUGGUCAGCUUGAGCGCCAAUGGUCUGAGUCGUUCCACGGAUAGCCCUCGCGGGUGUCUUAGCUUGUUAAGGGGCCAGGUCGUGGAUGUUACCAACGACGACGAAGUCCAGAGCGGUAGCAUUGAUCUCUCGGUCAAGGGUCGCGACGAACGACGGAGAUUGAACCCCUUUUCUAUAGACAGCCUACUUGGUAAUAAUAAUAAUAAUUUACGGUCAAGCACUUCUCCCCAGAAUCGCUCCUCAACUCCUUCUUCAACUUUGUCGAAUGGCAGACAGUCAACCUCCCCAACUUCCCCGGCCGUGUCUCUCACAACCUCACCCUCAACGACG